UCCCAGCAUGCAUUACCGAAGCACUUGUCUUGCUUCUGCACAAAGGUCUCAAGUUUUGUUGUUCCUGCAGGGAUCUGGAGGACGCCAUCCGCUCGCUGUUUCAAGUUCGCGUGCAGGUUCCAUCAUGGGUCGACUUGAUGGGAAAGUCAUCAUCCUGACAGCCGCUGCUCAGGGGAUCGGUCAAGCAGCUGCCUUAGCUUUUGCAAGAGAAGGUGCCAAAGUCAUAGCCACUGAUAUCAAUGAGUCCAAACUUCAGGAACUGGAAAAGUACCCAGGUAUUCAAACUCGUGUCCUUGAUGUCACAAAGAAGAAGCAAAUUGAUCAGUUCGCCAAGGAAGUUGAGAGACUUGAUGUUCUCUUUAAUGUUGCUGGUUUUGUCCAUCAUGGAACCAUCCUGGACUGUGAGGAGAAAGACUGGGAUUUCUCUAUGAAUCUCAACGUCCGCAGCAUGUACCUGAUGAUCAAGGCAUUCCUUCCUAAAAUGCUUGCUCAGAAAUCUGGCAAUAUUAUCAACAUGUCCUCUGUGGCUUCUAGCGUCAAAGGAGUUGUGAACAGAUGUGUUUACAGCACAACCAAGGCAGCCGUGAUAGGCCUCACAAAGUCUGUGGCUGCUGACUUCAUCCAGCAGGGUAUCAGGUGCAACUGUGUGUGCCCAGGAACUGUUGAUACCCCAUCUCUGCAAGAAAGAAUACAAGCUAGAGAAAAUCCUGAAGAGGCAAUGAAGGACUUCCUGAAGAGACAAAAGACAGGAAGAUUUGCAACUGCGGAAGAAAUAGCCAUGCUCUGUGUGUAUUUGGCUUCUGAUGAAUCUGCUUAUGUUACUGGCAACCCUGUCAUCAUUGAUGGAGGCUGGAGCUUGUGACUUCAGGACAUCCUUGGUAGGAAGGAAGACAGGCCCUUCCUAGCCACAGUGAACCUGGUUAUGAAGAAAACUACUGAUCAUCUCUUUCCUGUUAAUGGUGUAUUAAUGAAAACAAGCCCUUUAUAAUGAUGUCAUUGUUCUAGGAGUUUUGAUUCUUCAAAUAUACUCAUUUCUUUCUAAUCUCUUUUUGAAAUCAUUGUAAGUGAAUGAAAUAAAAAAAUAUUGAACUCAUUGCACGAGAAUAGUUUUAAAAAUAACCUCAAUUUGUAAGCA